AUGGCCGCCGCGUCCCUGUCUCCCUCCGGCGGGGAGAAGAAAUACUGGUGGCUCACCAACAGAAAGAUGGUGGAGCGAUACGUGAGGGAAGCUAAAAUGCUGAUCGCGACGCAGGAGCAAGGCGAGAUUGCGGCGGCGCUGGGGCUUCUGGAAGCGGCGCUCGCGAUGGCGCCGCGCAUGGAGGUGGCGCUGGAGAUGAAGGCGCGGUGCCUCCUGCAUCUCCGGCGGUUCAAGGAGGUGGCCGAUAUGCUGCAGGAUUACAUCCCCAGCCUGAAAAUGCCUGUAUCCGACGAAACGUCUUCUUCCGGCUCGUCCGACGGCUCGUCGACGCAGCUAUCGAGGGAGCGAGUCAAGCUUCUGUCCUCCGCCGGAGAUUCGCUUGGCGAGGCCGAACCGGCUUUCAGAUGCUUUUCCGUUUCCGAUUUGAAGAAGAAGGUCAUGGCCGGGCUCUGCAAAAACGUGGAGAAAGAAGGUCAAUGGAGAUACUCCGUACUCGGCCAGGCGUGCUGCCAUCUCGGCCUGAUGGAGGAAGCAAUGGUCCUCCUCCAGACCGGAAAACGCCUCGCCGCCGCCGCCUUCCGCCGCGAGAGCAUCUCCCUCCCGGACGACAUAUUCUCCUUCAACCGACUCCCCCUCUCCAGCGACCCCUCCCACCCCCAAAACCCUCCACGGACCGAGUCCGACAGCAUCACCCACCUCCUCUGCCACAUCAAGCUCCUCAUUCGCCGCAAAACCGCCGCCGCCGCCGCCCUUGACGCCGGUCUCCACUCAGAGGCCAUCCGUCACUUCUCGAAAAUCCUCGACGGCCGCCGAGGAGCCCCUCAGAACUUCCUCUCCGAGUGCUACGUCCACCGAGCCUCCGCCUACAGGUCCGCCGGCCGCAUAGCUGAAGCCAUUGCAGACUGCAACAAAGCACUAGCCCUCGACACUUCCUCCAUAGACGCCCUCACAACCCGAGCCGCCCUUUUUGAGACCAUACGAUGCUUUCCCGACAGCCUUCACGACCUCGAACACCUCAAACUCCUCUACAACUCAAUCCUCCGUGACCGCAAGCUUCCGGGGCCCGUCUGGAGAAGGCAGAGCGUGAUGUACCGUGAAAUUCCCGGGCGAUUAUGCUCGUUAGCUUCGAAAAUCCAGCAACUGAAGCAGAGACUUGCGGCAGGCGAGUCGAGCAAUGUCGAUUAUUACGCACUGAUUGGAUUACGAAGGGGAUGCUCGAGAUCGGAAUUGGAAAGGGCCCAUUUGCUGUUGAUGUUGAAGCACAAGCCCGACAAGUCUUCGGGCUUCAUGGAGAGGUGUGAAUUUGCAGACGAGAAGGAAAUCGAGUCGGUUAAGGAUCGAGCCAGAAUGUCGGCCUUGUUGCUGUAUAGGUUGAUUCAGAAAGGGUAUACGAGUUUGAUGGCAGCAAUUUUGGAAGAGGAGUCUGCCGAAAAGCAGAGGAAAAAGGCUGUUGCUGGAGUUGUGGAAACUCCGGUGAUGGCGCUGCCUCCGGCAGCGGCGGCCGGGAAUGACAAAAACAACGAGGACAACAAAAAUGCUAAAAAUAGUAAUGUGAGUGGGAAUGACAAAAAGGCCCCCAUCACAACUCCACCAGCUUCAGUUUUCCAAGGGGUUUUUUGUAGGGACCUUGCGGUGGUCGGUAAUUUGCUGUCUCAGGCAGGGUUUAAUCGUCCAAUUACAGUGAAAUAUGAGGCAUUGAGCUGUUGA